ACCUCAUCAUCAGCCUGCCUGUGUGACUCCAGCCCGUCUUAAUUGCGGGGUGAGAGUCUCACCACUAUCACGACUCAACGGAGCAUUCCCCGUUGACCUAACUUUGGCUCGUCCCAUCAACCAUGGCAACGCAUCUCACGCACCUCCCGCCCGAGAUCCUUCACAGCAUCCUCAGCCAUGUCGACCCCGAAGACCUCUCCCGGCUGCCUCUGACAUGCCGCCUAUUCAACAAUUUCAUCAAGGGCAACAAUCUGCUCUGGCGCGCCAUCUACACCAACUUUUUGGAUGAACCACCAACAAAGGAUCUCGACUUUGAGCAAGAGGUCCACGAUAUCGUCAAGCUGAAGCGCCUCUGCUCUCCCCUCGACAGCACUCCAGACACCGAGAUCCAGUCUCACCUCCCCUUUGUCCACCGCAUCGUCACCCGCCUUCUCAAUCAUGCCAUCACCGUCCCCUCCCUCACCACUAGCACUAGCAAGAGCACCAGCACUGGCACUGGCACCGGCGCUCGGGGAGACGGUGAUAACAACGCCCCCCAUCCCCAUCGGUCGUCCUUUUUCCGCUCUUCUCGCGCCCGCACCUUUCCGGUGUCGGGCAAUGCCCAAUUCUUAACGGACCUCUUCGACUCUACUCGAGCACGCCGCAACUUCCUGACCCGGUCUUUCCUCUACGAGCGGGCGCGCGCGCUGGCCGUGGCCGGGUUCGCGGACGAGCCGCACCAGCUGGACGCGUACGGCGACGUGUCCGGGUCGGAGACGGAUACGGCCGCCGAGGGCGACGAUGACGUGAGCGGGGGCGGCCCUCGGCCCCGGCCCCGGCGGCCCCGGCGCACGCGCACGCGAUUCGGCUGGCGGAGGCCGCGCCGCCCGCGCGAGGCCUACCAGCUCAGCGCCAAGCUGCACUGUCUGUACGGCUGGGGGCUGGGCAUCGAGGACGGCGUGCGGCCGGGCGCGACCGAGGGCGAGGCCAGGCGCAGGGCCAUGUACGUUGCGCGCCAGAGGGCCGGCGUGUACGCGCUGGCGUGCGCAAAGGUGUACGACCUGCGAGAGUACACCGCCGGCAACAAGUGGGGCCCCUUCCUGGAGGAGGACGAGGAGGGCGGGGGCGGGGUGAGGGUGGAUUGGGAGAAGGUCGAGGCGAUCCUUGUGGUGCUGGGGGCCAACAUUCGCUCCAAAGGCCUGGAGCGGUUUCCCAUCUUUUGGUACUUCUGGGGGAAGCCGUUCGCCGGGAGCUGGCGCGGGAGUUACAUCCCGUGGUCGAAAGAUAGGGAGCAAGGGAAGGAGAGCGAGGUGAAGGAGCUGGAUCGGAUGGAUCCCUACGGGGUUGCGGGGAGCUGGCUGAGGGUCGUCAGUUUCCUGGACUUCACCGACUUCUUCCACUUCAACUUCCCCAUAGGCGACCGCCUGCCGCGCGACGUGCCGCGGCCGCCCCUCGACAUCGCCCAAGCGACGCGGCUGAUCCUGAUGCGCAUCCACGUCGCCAAGGUCGAGCCGGCCGGUCCCGGAGACCACCCGGACUACCCGGUCACGCACUUCCGCGGCUUCUCGCGCGCCCUGGACGGGGCGUGGGACGAGAACGCCGAGGCCGACAUCCGCGGCACCGUGCGCGUGACACCCGAGGGUGAGAUCCGCUGGACGUCGUUCUCGGUGUUCCACGGCGAGGAGCGCUGGAAGAGCGAGGGCGUGCAGAUUGGCGGGAUCAGGUCGGCUAGGGGCGUGGUGGGCACUUGGUUUGACAAGGAUUUCAACCCCCAGGGCCCUUGCGGGCCGACGGCGUUUUGGAAGAUCUCGGACCGCGAGGACACGGCCACCGGCCCCAGGGUGUUGUUGGAGGAUCUCUUCCCACUCAUAGCCGAUGACAUGGAAGACGAGCUCGCCGAUGACGACGAGGAUUCGGGGGACGAGGUCAACCUGCAGGUGCUGGAUCCGUUUGGGCCGGACUGGACAGAGUAUGAGCUUGAGGAUGAGCUUGCCGGACUGUACUAUUUCGACGACGAGGACAUCUUUGACGUCGAGGAUGUGGAGGCAGAGUUGGAAGGGAUUGAAGGAUUGCACAAUGGCGAUGAUGAUGAGGAGGAGGAGGAGGAGGAUGACGACGACUACGAGGACGAGAACGAGGACGAGGAUGAAGACGACGAUAACGACAACAAUUCUGAUGACGAACACGACGAUGCAGGCGAGGAAGACGGGCCAGCUGCUGACCUCACGCAUGGCUAGUUACAUCGACCGGUCGGCAUGGUUUAUUAUUAGCACGGUUGUUUCGCAAAUUCAAGCAGUGUGUGUCACUAUUUCUCUGCGAUGGAGAGUGGAUGUCCAGCGUACCCUCCUCCAGGUAGCUAAGGUACAGGAUCUAGAUACUC